AUGGUUCUAAGUUGUGCUGGAGCAGCUAUCGGAACUGCCAAAUCUGGUAUCGGUAUCUCCGGUAUAGGUACAUUCAAGCCUGAGCUGAUCAUGAGGUCUUUGAUCCCCGUGGUGAUGUCUGGUAUUUUAUCUGUUUACGGACUGGUAGUCGCUGUCUUGAUUGCCGGUGGAAUUUCUCCAAAGGACUAUUCGCUUUUUAACGGAUUCAUGCACUUGAGUUGUGGACUUUCUGUGGGAUUUGCGUGUCUCGCUUCAGGCUACUCCAUUGGUAUAGUAGGUGAUGAGGGUGUUCGCCAGUUUAUGCACCAGCCCAAGUUGUUUGUUGGAAUCGUUUUGAUCCUGAUUUUUGCAGAAGUUCUGGGGUUGUAUGGAAUGAUCAUCGCAUUGAUCUUGAACACUAAGGGAAGUGGUUGA